AGAUGUUUCACAAAAUGAAGCGGAAAAAAAAUAUAAGAACAAAAAUUAAAUUUUGUUUGUUAAGACUGGAAGUCAUGUCAUGGGAUUUUUACAUAAACGUUCCAAACUCUUGAAAAUAAUUCUGGAUUCACUGGAAGAUCAAGAGGGUGGAGCUAUGUACAUAUCGUGCGAUGUCUCAAAUGGAGGUCCUGUGGAGGCUGAAACGGGAUACGUUCCUAACAAUUCAUUGUUCGGGUUGGCAUUGGACAGUCCACAGCAAGAGUGUGCUGCAUCUUGUGUGGGCUGUCUAUGUUGCCAGGGGAACACAUCUUUACCUAUCCCAGCAUUAGGCGCUUCUGAUUUUGAAUCAGGAAAUUGCUUUGAAAACAACAGUGUUCCAUUAAGUUCACCUCAACCCAACUCACAAACAAAUUUGGGAACCUAUUGGAAUUCUGAUGAAAUGGCGUCAACAUUUCCAGGACUACCACCAUUAGAUAUCGACCCUUUGCCAAGUUUAUUCCCAUUUUCUCCAUGUGGUGCUUCAUACAAUUUUUCAGCUAAUCCUCAUCAGGCAUCUUUAUCAUACACAGUACAUCCGCAACUCAUUAACCAAACUCAGGCACAACAAAAUACUACAAAUGCACUAAGUACAGCAUCGCAAUCAUGCUACUACGAUGCUCCUUCAACAUGCAACCAGCAUUCUACACCUCCCAUUUACCCAAGCAUGAGUGUCAAUGUCAGCAUGAACAUGACCAUGCAUGGAUAUGGAACAGAAGCAUCUGUUCCAAUGCAAUGCUCCCAAAUGCAAUGGACUCCACCAAACUCUUCAUCAUCCGUAAAUGUUCUUUAUCCUCCGUUGUUGAGUCCAUCCCAUUAUCCGGCAGCUACAACUUACUCUUUUACUGCUGAUUUUAGACCACCAAUCAAUAAUCAGUCAAUAGCUCCAGCUCCAGGUGAAAUCCAAGAAAAAACUUCACCGCAUCGUGGUUUCUAUACACAACCCACUCAAUCAUAUUCACCGCCCAAAAGUCCACAAUAUUCCUUGGUUAGAGACACAAAGUCCUUUGGCAGUGGUGGAUUUGAGGACGAAGAUAGCAACGAAGGAUCAGACUCCAAGCCAAAUCUUUGUAGACUCUGCGGUAAGACAUACGCUCGCCCUAGCACAUUAAAAACCCACUUGAGAACGCACUCUGGUGAGAGACCUUAUAGGUGUCCUGAUUGCAACAAAAGUUUUUCACAAGCAGCCAAUCUCACAGCUCACGUACGCACACAUACCGGACAGAAACCGUUCCGUUGUCCAAUUUGUGAUAGACGAUUUUCGCAGAGCUCGAGUGUUACCACGCACAUGAGAACGCACUCUGGCGAACGUCCAUAUCGGUGUUCAUCAUGCAAGAAAUCAUUCUCCGACAGUUCGACACUAACAAAGCAUUUGCGUAUACAUAGCGGAGAAAAACCUUAUCAGUGCAAAUUAUGUUUGCUUAGAUUCUCUCAAUCUGGAAAUCUGAAUCGUCACAUGCGAGUUCAUGGUACAAAUAAUAAUCUGAUAUCGUGACAAAAACCCAAAGGUUUCCACCACUAUCACCAUCUAAACGACUACAGCAUAAGCGACAUUGGCCCUGCAUCACAAAAUUAUCCUGGAUAUUAUUUUUGUGCACUAAAUAAUCCUAGAAUGGAACGUUUCCUUAAUUAAAAAAAAAAAAAAACAAAGACAAAAAACAAUGUAUCAUGUGGGUGCUCUAACAAAAAAUAAUUCAGCGCAAUGAAUAUACAUAUGGAUAUGUAAUAUGCAUGAUUCGGGAAACUACGAAAAAAAUAACUUAUAUUAAAUUUUUAAUUAGAUUAAUGCUCAAAUAUUUAAGUGUAUGUAUAUAAAUUAUUUAGUUGUAU